AUGGGACCAUCAAGAAUUUUCCCUUCGUGGCGCAUAUUCCUCGCUUUACGUUGUAUAUUCACACUACUCGUGUUCACUGCGGUCUCAACACCUCCCGAAGAUCCCGUCAAGUGUGCCUCAGGGAAUACGGAUUGUACGGUCACCAACUCAGUAGGAAUCUUUGCAGACCGGUCCACAUGUCUAGCUGCCAACGUGGCAUAUCCGACCACAGAGGCCGAGCUUGUCUCUAUUGUGGCUGCAGCCACUAAAGCCGGCCGAAAAAUGCGUGUGACCACGCGCUACUCACAUAGCGUACCAAAGCUGGUGUGCACCGAUGGUACGGAUGGAUUACUCAUAAGCACAAAUUUUCUUAACCACACGGUGCGGCCCGACGCAAAAGCCAUGACAUUGACGGUUGAGAGCGGCGUGACGCUUAGGCAACUAAUUGCUGAAGCGACUAAGGUUGGAUUGGCAUUGCCUUAUGCACCGUAUUGGUGGGGACUAACCGUGGGUGGUCUAUUGGGAACCGGUGCUCAUGGGAGCUCGUUGUGGGGUAAAGGAAGUGCGGUCCAUGAUUAUGUGACCGAGAUCAGGAUGGUUAGUCCUGGCUCGGUCAACGAUGGGUUUGCAAAGAUUAGAGUUUUAAGUGAGACUACGACUCCUAGCGAAUUUAACGCCGCAAAGGUUUCGCUUGGUGUUCUUGGCGUUAUCUCUCAGGUUACUUUUAAAUUGCAACCAAUGUUCAAGAGGUCGAUAACAUAUGUUAUGGAAAAUGAUUCGGAUUUCGGAGAUCAAGCCGUGACUUUUGGGAAGAAACAUGAGUUUGCGGAUUUCGUAUGGUUACCGAGCCAAGGCAAAGUGGUGUAUCGAAAGGACGACCGAGUACCGGUCAACACAUCAGGAAACGGUUUGUAUGAUUAUCUGCCGUUUCGUUCCCAACUCUCCGCCAUCUCAGCCAUCAGAAGAACCUCAGAGGAGACGCAGGAAAAGUUUGAAGAUGUGAAUGGGAAGUGUGUAUCAGCUAAACUAACUUCAUCUACAUUGUUUGCUACCUCAUACGGUUUGACCAACAAUGGCAUUCUAUUCACCGGUUAUCCGGUAAUUGGAUACCAAAACCGUAUGAUGUCUUCAGGAUCUUGCUUAGACAGUCUUGAAGAUGGAUUAGUAACGGCGUGUGGAAUGGACUCACGUAUAAAAGGCGAGUUCUUUCAUGAAUCAUGUGUUAGUGUUCCUCUCACACACAUAAAAAGUUUUAUCGACGACGUCAAAGCUCUUGUCAAGAUCGAAUCGAAAGCUCUUUGCGGUCUUGAUCUCUACAACGGUUUCUUAAUGCGUUAUGUCACAUACUCUUCCGCAUACCUAGGGAGAGACACGGAAGCCUUGAGUUUUGACAUGACGUAUUACCGAAGCAAAGAUGUAACACCCGACUCGCUUACCGAGACGGCAAAAAGAAACGUCAAUAGCUCACCGGAUUUAGAUCGGACUGGGAAACCAAAACUUGAUCUGAAAUCCUUGUAA